CCGGUUGAUACACUGGAAAACUAUGAACGAAUGAAAGCACUGGUAACUGAACUCCAAAUGCAAGCAGAAAAAAUCAGAUUAGGAGGUGGAGAAAAAGCACGUAAGCUUCACACAUCAAGAGGAAAGCUGUUACCCAGAGAGAGAAUUGACAGGCUUAUUGAUCCCGGGUCUCCAUUCUUGGAGUUCUCCCAGUUUGCAGGUUACCAGUUGUAUGGUAAUGAAGAGGUUCCAGCAGGAGGCAUUAUCACAGGCAUUGGACGAGUAUCUGGGGUGGAAUGCUUGAUUGUUGCUAACGAUGCAACCGUCAAAGGUGGUACCUAUUAUCCCAUCACAGUUAAGAAACAUUUACGUGCUCAAGAAAUUGCAAUGCAAAAUCAUCUCCCUUGCCUAUAUCUGGUUGAUUCAGGAGGAGCAAAUUUACCUCGGCAAGCAGAAGUAUUUCCAGAUCGAGAUCAUUUUGGCCGUAUUUUCUAUAAUCAAGCAGUCAUGUCCUCACAAGGAAUUCCCCAGAUAGCAGUAGUAAUGGGAUCCUGUACAGCCGGAGGAGCAUAUGUACCUGCAAUGGCUGAUGAAAGUAUUAUUGUUGGCAAACAGGGAACAAUAUUCUUGGGAGGGCCACCACUGGUUAAAGCAGCAACAGGUGAAGAGGUAUCAGCAGAGGAUCUUGGAGGGGCAGAUCUUCACUGCAGAAAAUCUGGUGUAACAGAUCAUUAUGCUUUGGAUGACAAUCAUGCACUUCAUCUAGCAAGGAAGGCUGUGAGAAGUUUAAAUCUCCAAAAGAAAGUAGACGUGAUUAUAGAACCAUCAGAAGACCCUUUAUUUCCUGCUGAUGAAAUAUAUGGAAUAGUUGGUGACCAGCUAAAAAGAAACUUUGAUGUCAAAGAGGUCAUUGCUAGAAUUGUAGACGGAAGUAAGUUUGAUGAAUUCAAAGCCUUAUAUGGGGAUACUUUAAUUACAGGAUUUGCAAGAAUAUUUGGUUAUCCAGUAGGAAUUAUUGGAAACAAUGGAGUCCUUUUCUCAGAGUCAGCAAAAAAGGGUACACAUUUUAUCCAGUUGUGUUGCCAGAGAAACAUUCCCAUUGUGUUUUUGCAGAAUAUUACAGGUUUCAUGGUUGGUAGAGAAUAUGAAGCUGGAGGGAUAGCAAAAGAUGGUGCCAAGAUGGUAACCGCUGUAGCUUGUGCCAAUGUACCUAAAAUAACAGUGAUUAUUGGUGGUUCUUAUGGAGCUGGAAACUAUGGGAUGUGUGGAAGAGCAUAUAGUCCAAGAUUUCUUUAUGUGUGGCCAAAUGCUCGCAUAUCGGUGAUGGGAGGAGAACAAGCUGCAACUGUUCUAGCUACAAUAGCUAAGGACCGAAAGGCAAGGGAGGGAAAACAGUUAUCUGAGGCAGAUGAAGCAGCUUUGAAGGAGCCAAUCAUUAGGAGAUUUGAGGAGGAAGGAAACCCUUAUUAUUCCAGUGCAAGAUUAUGGGAUGAUGGAAUUAUUGAUCCAGCUGACACAAGACUGGUUUUGGGCCUCAGUCUCAGCGCAGCAUUAAAUGCACCUACAAAGAGGACAGAAUUCGGGGUUUUCCGGAUGUAAACUAAAACGUGUGCUCAUCAGAAUUACCUAUGUAUAUUUUAUUUGAGGCUGGAGAGCAAAGUUGAUGUGAUUAAAAAAAUAAAGAUUUGUACAAUGCUAUUUUUAAUGGAAAUAUUGUAAUUAUUUUUACUGAGUAAUCUCACAGUGCUUCAGUGUUUUGAUAGUGGUUUGAGAUCAGUCACUUACAGUGCUUGUAUAGCUGCAUUGCAUGAAUAAACUGCAGCUUCUAGCAUUAUGUUUAAAGUUUGACAAGAGACCAUUAAAUAAAUCUGCAAAAUAAGAUACA